CACUUGUUUGUUGUGGUUUCGUGGUUGUGAACGUUCAGUACCUACGCAAACAUAUAAUGGCACCAACUAAGGACAAUCUUAGUGCCGUCUUGUACGGUAUCAAUGACUUAAGAUUAGAACAAAGGCCAAUUCCAGUACCAAAAGAUAACCAGGUCCUUCUUCAGAUGGAAGUAGUGGGUAUUUGCGGAUCUGACGUUCACUACUUGGUCAGUGGAAGAUGCGGUCCUUUCGUUGUUGAAAAACCCAUGGUAAUCGGCCACGAAGCAUCUGGAACAGUUAUACAAUUAGGCAAAGAUGUAAAGAACCUCAAACUAGGUGACAGAGUAGCUAUUGAACCGGGAGUACCCUGUCGUCUGUGUCAUUAUUGUAAAACCGGUAUUUACCAUCUUUGCAAAGAUCUCUUCUUCUGUGCCACUCCUCCAGAUGAUGGUAACCUAUCCAGAUAUUACGUUCAUGAUGCAGACUUUUGUUGGAAGCUUCCUGACAAUAUGUCCCUUGAAGAAGGUGCCAUCAUGGAACCUCUUUCAGUUGGAGUUCACGCUUGUAAAAGAGCAAAUAUCAAAAUUGGAGAUGUCUGUUUGAUUACAGGAGCUGGUCCAAUUGGUCUUGUUACUUUGUUGUCCGCUAAAGCUAUGGGUGCUUCCAAAAUUGUUAUCACAGAUGUACUUGAUGUCAAAUUGAAGAUGGCUAAACAACUUGGAGCCGAUUACACAUUGAAAAUUGAGAAAAAUAUGACUGAAGAACAAAUCGUAAAGAAAGUCCAUGAACUACUUGGACAAGAACCCAACGUCAGUUUUGACUGUACUGGAGUUGAAUCCUGCGUAAGAGUUUGCGUUUCUUCUACUGGUUUGGCAGGUGUUGUAGUUCUUGUAGGAUUAGGCAAAAUCGAAAUGACCCUUCCAUUGACCAAUGCCUUGAUCAAAGAAGUUGAUGUCAGGGGUGUGUUCAGAUAUUGCAACGACUAUCCUACUUCAAUCGAAAUGGUAUCAUCCGGUAGGGUAAAUGUGAAACCUUUGGUCACUCACCAUUAUACCCUUGAAGACUCCCUCAAGGCCUUCCACACAGCAAAGACUCAAGAAGGAGACCCCAUCAAGGUCCUAAUUCACGCCAACCCCAAUUGGAAACCAUCUUAAAAUGUUUUGAUAUUGUUAUUGUUGUAUUUCGUUAUUGAAAUAUGUGAAAUUGUUGUAUAUGUUGUUAAAUACAGUUUAUUGUAUAA